AAAGUCGGUAUUUUUAGAGCAGUCAAACAAUUUCCUAUCAAUCGGUAUUAUCGUUCGUUCAAUGAUAUCCAACCUUCAAACAUUCCGUUAUCAAACAGUGUGAUAAAAACAUUUGUGAUAAAGUGCAACGUUGGCGUGCUAUGUUUCAAAUAUUUAUUUUUAUUUUCCACCUAAAAAUCAUGGAUAGCAGACAGCCCAUUAACUUAGCAUAUAACUUAUGUGAACCUUUUCAAGGACCAGAAGAAACUGUUCCAAUAAUUUUUAUGCAUGGAAUGGCGCUCACUAAAGAGGAUUGGGGCGAUAUACCUCAAAUUACAGCUAAUGCAACAGGUAUUUGCCAUCGACGCUCGAAGCCAUGGAGAUAGUGAUUGGGUGGAUGUAUUCGACUUUGAAAUCAAUGUAGAUGAUUUAUUACUAUUCAUGGAUAGAAUGGAUAUUAAGAAAGCCAUACUUGUUGGACACAAUAUGGGAGCAUUGACAGCUAUGAAGGCAGCCUUUAGAAAUCCAGAUCGGGUGGAAAAGUUAGUAGUAGAAGAAAUGCCCAUCAGAAGAUACAGUAAUACAUUAAUAUCAACUUGGACGAAAUUUUUCACACUAGCAAAGGAAGGUAUGCGAAGGAUACAUGCAGGUUCGUCAAUGGACGAAGCAAAAGAGAUCUUAGCAAACUAUGUAUUUGAUCAUCUGCCUCAAAAGCAAAAAUUUGAGAAUGAAUGUGAUCUUAGUGAUGGACGUCUCGCGCUGAAACAGAAGGAUGACGGAAGCUUCGAAUUCAAAUGCAACCUAGACAUCGUUCUGCCGAAUUUCCAGGACAUCAACAACGAUCUCCAGUUACUUGACAGAACCUAUAGGGGACCUACGUGUUUCAUUUAUGGACAGAAUUCACCUAAUCUGAUAGGUCAAGACGAAUAUGAGAUCAAGAAAUUUUUUCCAAGUGCCAAACUUUUCGGUAUAAGCGACGCAAGCCACGAAGUGCACAAAAAAUAUCCUUUGCCAUUCACAGAAGCUUUACUUGUAUUUAUUCAAGGAGGAUGGAAUAAAAAGAUGCAUACCAGACCAUAAUUUUAGUCUGUACAUCUUAAAAUGUUUUUUUUCCUUUGUAA